GCCCGCUCGCACCCCGCUGCGCCCCGCGCCUGGUGGACAUGGACGUGGCCGCGGCGCCCGCGGCCGGGAACGGCCCGGACUCCAGGCCCGGGGCGCGGGGGUCUCCGCCCGAGGCGGCGGCGGCGGCGAUGGCUGGAGCGGCGGCAGCGGCGGCAGCGCCCGCGGCAGCCGCCCCCGAGCCCAGGAAGCCGCACGGGGUGAAGCGGCAUCACCACAAGCACAACUUGAAGCACCGCUACGAGCUGCAGGAGACCCUGGGCAAAGGCACCUACGGCAAAGUCAAGAGGGCCACCGAGAGGUUUUCGGGCCGAGUGGUUGCUAUAAAAUCCAUUCGUAAGGACAAAAUUAAGGAUGAACAAGACAUGGUUCACAUCAGACGAGAGAUUGAGAUCAUGUCAUCCCUCAACCAUCCUCAUAUCAUCAGUAUUUACGAAGUGUUCGAGAACAAAGAUAAGAUUGUGAUCAUCAUGGAGUACGCCAGCAAAGGGGAGCUGUACGAUUACAUCAGCGAGCGGCGCCGGCUCAGCGAGCGCGAGACCCGACACUUCUUCCGGCAGAUCGUGUCCGCCGUGCAUCACUGCCACAAGAACGGUGUGGUCCACCGAGACUUGAAGCUGGAAAACAUCCUGCUUGAUGACAACUGCAACAUUAAGAUAGCUGACUUUGGCCUCUCCAACCUGUACCAGAAGGACAAGUUCUUGCAGACGUUCUGUGGGAGCCCCCUCUAUGCGUCGCCCGAGAUUGUCAAUGGCAGACCGUACCACGGGCCCGAGGUGGACAGCUGGGCCCUGGGCGUGCUGCUUUACACGCUGGUGUAUGGAACGAUGCCCUUCGACGGUUUCGAUCACAAAAACCUCAUUCGGCAGAUCAGCAGCGGAGAGUACCGGGAGCCCACGCAGCCAUCAGACGCUCGAGGCCUCAUCCGGUGGAUGCUGAUGGUCAACCCCGACCGCCGGGCCACCAUCGAGGACAUCGCCAACCACUGGUGGGUGAACUGGGGCUACAAGAGCAGCGUGUGUGACUGUGACGCCCUGCACAACUCCGAGUCCCCGCUCCUGGCCCGUUUCAUAGACUGGCACCACCGCUCCACGGGGCUGCAGGCGGAGUCGGAGGCCAAAACCAAGGGCCUGGCCAAGCCUGGAGCCUCCGAGGCCGGGCUGGAGAGGCAGCGGUCGCUGAAGAAGUCCAAGAAGGAGAACGACGUUGCCCAGUCGGGCCAGGACGCGGUGGUGCCCGAAAGCCCCGCCAAGCUGAGCUCCACGCGGCCCAAGGGGAUCCUGAAGACGAGGAGCAGCAGCGAGCAUCGCUCCCACAGCGCCGGCCUCCUCGACGGGGCGCUCAGCCCGGCCCUGCCCUCCACCUUCACGAUGGAGCAGGACUCGUGCCGGACAGGGGGGCCCCCGCCCGGCUCCCCCGAGGCAGAGGUGCCGGGGAAACUGAGCCCCAAACAGUCGGCCACCUUGCCCAAGAAAGGCAUCUUGAAAAAGACGCAGCAGAGAGAAUCAGGGUAUUACUCCUCCCCCGAGCGCAGCGAGUCUUCGGAGCUGUUGGACAGCCACGAGGGCCGGGGGGGCAGCCUCCCAUCGCCCAGCCCCCCCGACCCAGCCAGGCUCACACCUCACAGUCUUUCUUGCCGCCGGAAGGGCAUCUUGAAACACAGCAGCAAGUACUCGGCGGGCACCAGGGACCCGGCCCUCGCCAGCCCUGACGUGCCUGCCCUGGGGUCCUUGCUGGAGCCCGGCGUCCCCGCCGAGGGCCUGUCUCGCAGCUACAGCCGGCCUUCCAGCAUCAUCAGCGACGACAGCGUCCUGUCCGGCGACUCCCUCGACCCACUGGACUUGCAGGAGAACCGCCCGGUCCACCAGCGCAUUCGCAGCUGCGUCUCGGCCGAAAACUUCCUCCAGAUCCAGGACUUUGAGGGGCUCCAGAACCGGCCGCGACCCCAGUACCUGAAGCGGUACCGGAACCGGCUGGCAGACAGCAGCUUCUCCCUCCUGACGGACAUGGAUGACGUGACUCAGGUCUAUAAGAAAGCCCUGGAGAUCUGCAGCAAGCUCAACUAGCUCCCCCUCCUCGCGCGCAGGGGCAGGUGGGGAUGGGGGCGGGGAGCAGGAGGAAGGGGGAGCGGUGACCGGAGCGAACGAGUUGGUUGCCUCAUUGCUGGCCAGCACUGGAGACUGAAAAAAGGAUUUGUGCCAUCUGGCUUGGCCAAGUUUGCAGUCUGGAGCUGGUACCUCCAAGGGAGAAGUGGGCUCUCUGCCAGUCUCGUCGGCUGUCACUCAGAAUUGCGGGGAGGGGGUCUUAAUUGGCGUUGGCUUUCCGCACCUCCCAGAGGACCGGCUGCCUACUGGAGGUGGCGUGGAUCGGUGUGGGGAAGGAUGCAGAAGGGCGAAGGGCGCAUCCUCUUCAAGUAAUCCCAAGUGCUUCUGCAAGGGGGUCAAGAGCGAUGGGGGUGCUCUGUGGGCCUCGUGCAGAGAGCGAGCCCCCCGCGUGGUCACUGAACAAACUUGGUCUGACUGUUUGUGGCUGGCCAGUUGAGGUCGACCAGUAGCUUGACCCUGGAUCAGUGGGCCGGGGAGAGUGGCUGCUGUGUGUGUGCUGCUUUGGGGAGCCCAGGGCCUGGGAAGGAGGGGUGGGAUUGAGUCGUCACAUCUGCAGGGAGUGGGAAGGUCAGUAGGCAUUGGUAAGGGCUAAGAGUCAGCCCACUUGGGGGUCUUUUGGCUCCUUAGCCGUUUGCUUUCCUCAUGUCUAGGUUGAUCUUCAGUACCUCCCAUGGGUGGACCAGAAAAAAGAUGGUGUGGCACAGAUCAAAACGAUGGGGUAGCUAACAGGGCUCUGGUAUUUACAGAGAGGGACGGAAGUAGAUCCACAGCAGCAAGGGGGCAGUUUGUCAUUUUCUUUAAGUCUCAACAUUAACUGGAAUGCUGCCUCUUGGCUUAUCGCCUGCAUUAAUGCCUUGAAGUGGAUGCGGUCAUCGGUCCCUAGACUCUGAAGGAGUAACCGGCUCAACCGUUUGCCCUGUUGACUAUACCAGAAGGUUUCCCUGUCUUUCAAGGGUAGAAUCCUCCCAGGUAGGUGAGUUUGCUUCUAGGGAGUUAGUAGGUAGGUGGAAGAUUUGAACGAGGAAAGGAAAGUCAGGCAGAAGGUGCCUUUUCCCCAGACAAAGGGAUUUGAUGUCUUUUGAGUGUCUAGAAUUUUGGGGGCAAAGGAAGUUUCAUGCAUACAAUGGCUGGUGUUGAAAGAACAGAACGGGUUGGGAGGAAACACGAGAAAGAGAGAGAGCAUUUUUUUUUUCCUUAGAAGUUCAGGAGGUGACCAAGAAGUUUGGGAAGACUCUUACCUUCAAAAUGAACAAAACUGAGUCUCUAUCUUCUAAGCACCCUUGUUACAGGAGACAAGACAUCACUCUCUCCAUGGGACAUCUUUAGAAACUGAAUUUGGAUUAAUAUGGGAAUUUGGCAUGACUAGUUUCUGCUCCCUGGGUUUAUAGACAAACCCUUGUUUCAGGAUGGUGAAGCUAGAAAUAUAAGGACUUAGUUUUGAGGGUUUUUUUUGGGGGGGGCGGGAAACCAACAGACAGUAGUUCACAGGGAGAUGAGAAAUCAUUCAGGGUUGCUGAACAGUGUAUUACAGGAAUUUUCCCAGUUUUCUUCUAUCUGAUAUCAUUUCUUUCUCAACUUCAAUAUAGGUUCAAAGGGAAAAAUAUCUACAGAUAGUAAACUGUGUUUGGGGGCGUAGGGGUCCAAGGAGGACGUUCUGCUACCUCUCAGCUUUCUCUUCCUUCUCUCAUUUUAUGCAUCCCUUCCUGGAUAACCUAUCUUGCCGCCCUGCCAACCACUCAGCCUGGCAGUUGGCCUCCUUGGUAUCUGUGAAUACACUUAGGGAAAACACCUACCUCCCGGUGAUGUGUCUUUUCCUUCUGCCAAAUUAUGGCAUCUGUUUAAUAUUUUCUGUCCAUCUAAUCUGUCAGUUAAAAAAGGACACUAUUGAGUCCAAUCAAUUCUACUUCCUCCACCCUCCCCCCACCUUUCCCCCCAAACACAUGCACAUUCUGUCUGUCAUCAAUAAACCCAGAUGGCGGAUUAUGACAAAGAAAGUUCCCCCUUCAGAGGCGGAGAUUCUGAGUGAGUCCUGGUUUGCUUGUAAACAGCAGGUGGCAGGAGGGUGGGCCAUCUUCGGGGGGACGGCAUGUUUCUUUGUGAGAACUGGCAGGGUGGAUGCCUGCGUCUCCCGGUCCUGCUAGGUCUGAAAACUUCUGCUCCCACGCGCUUAUUCAAGACUUUUGACUGUGUCCACUCAGAGAAAUACUUGGGAGAGAGGGAAAAGCAACGUCGCUGCUUUCUGCCACAGCCCUUUCAUCCCUACCGGCCAACCCCCAGCCCAGGAAGUCGUGCUCAGUUCAUUUCCAGGGAAUCACAAGAGCGAGAGACACUUUUUUCUUUGUGUGUGUGAGCUGGUGGACCAAACAGGAGAUGCCCUGUCAGCUCACCUCUGCCUCUGUGGGCCGUUUGGUGUCUUAGUUUACACAUUCGCCAAAGGAGUAGGAUCAUACUUCUUUUUACAGGUAAAUUUCACAGCAUGAUCAGUUUUCAGGAAGUGCUUCAAGAGCCCAGGUGAAAUGAAAAAUGCUUUGGACUCUCUGAAUCCCCAGCCCUGUUCUAAGGUGCUGCUUCUUCAGGUGAGGGGAGCACUUUUCAGGGUGAAAUUCAGGUGAGUGUUGCCCACGCCUGCUGUCUUGAGUACAAAUGUGAAUGAUUGACUGACUGCUUGUUGCCAAACUGGAAAUAUUCUGUAGGGAUUUACUGGCACGGUAUCAUUCCUAGAGGAAAAAAAAAAAGUGAGAGAGAGAGAGUGAGAGCGAGCGAGCGAGCGAGAGAGAGAGAGAAACUUGACUGCACAUUAAAAAAAUCCAUGUUGUGACUUUUAUUUAAUUUCUAUUUUUUUGGUAAUAAAAAGUUGACUUUUUUAUUUGAAUCUGUCUUUUUUUAAUUUAUUGGUCUGAAAGGCAUUUCAAAGGUAUUAUAAUAAUAUAUUGGUGUAAUUUAAUUGGUGCAACAUGCUUUAUGGCUCCAGUCAAAAUUGGUUUUCACUCAUUUGAUUGGUUUGAGCGCUGAAAAGCUCACAAGAAGGGAAAAAAAAAAAAGGCUGGAUAGCCACCCAAAAUGUUUGUGUUUUCAUUGGAAACUGAUUUCUAAUUUGUGUUCUGUUGUUUUUGGUUAUUUUUUUUGUUUCUGUUUUUAUUUUAAGUUAAAUAAAUGAAAAUGAACUGAACCCGA